AUGGCGGAAAUGUCGUUCGCCAAUAUGACCACAGAGAACGGGCUUUCGGAAGUGGUUACCAACCACUUGAAAGGUAUCGGCCGAAUGUUCUACAUACAUUCGCCUAAAGAACAAUUAUAUGAAAAACCUGAGGACGUCCCUAAUUUCUUUAGACAGUCUUACCCAUACUUCCUAAUAUUUAUGAUAAUCGAGCACAUCGUGCUGAGGAUGGAAGGCAAGAAAGGUAUUCGUCUCAACGACGGUAUAACAAGUAUAUCACAUGGAAUUAUACAAGAAUGUGGAAGGCUAGUAUGGCGAGGAGCAGAGUCAUAUCUUUAUACGUGGAUAUACUCAAACUACAGAUUAAUAGAUUUGCCAUGGGAUAACACGUUAACAUGGUACGCAGCUGCAUUGGGAGUCGAUUUCUGCUAUUAUUGGAUGCACAGAGCAUGCCAUGAGGUCCACAUCUUAUGGGCUCAGCAUCAAGUUCAUCACACGUCCGAAGAUUUCAAUAUGGGCGUUGGUAUCAGACAGUCCAUCUUACAAGGGUGGUGUGGCUUUAUCUUCUACCUGCCUCUAGCAAUGGCUAUACCUCCAGCGCAGUUCGUGAUGCAUCACCAGUUCAGUUACUUAUACAUGUUUUGGAUUCACACAGAAGCUAUCAAAAGCUUGGGACCUUUGGAGUACAUUCUGAACACGCCAAGCCAUCAUAGAGUGCAUCAUGGUAGCAACAAGUACUGCCUUGAUGUCAACUACGGCGGAGUUCUUAUCAUAUGGGAUAGACUGUUCGGCACUUUCCGCCCAGAGACUGACAAAAUUGAAAUUGUAUACGGUCUUAUAUACAACCAGCCUUCAUUCAAUCCCAUGUAUUUGCAAGUAUUUUAUACAGCCUACGUCAUAGAAAAGUUCCGACGCCUUGAAACUGUGGGUGAUAAAAUAAAGGCGAUCGUGUGGGGUCCCAGUUGGGAACCCGGAACUCCAAGACUUGGGGAAGAGGACAUGAAAUUAGAUGUGGAAAGUCGUGAAAAAUACGACGUAUUCCUUCCCGCGUGGUGCAACGUGUACAUAGUAUUACAUUACGCGGUCGUAUUGUACGGCUUCUUUGAGCUCGCCUCGAGGUAUAUGGGUAUGACACCGAUUUCAGUCAUCAUCUUCGUAUUGUACGUUAUAGCCUCUUUGACUAUUAUUGGGAUGAUUUUCGACAACUCCAAGUACGCUCCUAUGCUAGAAGUACUACGGUGUUCAGCCUUAGCUUUCCUCACAAGAAGCAUCGCUACUAGUCCCACUAUGACCGUAUUACAAAUAUUCUACGUCAUAUCUGCUAUGUUCUGGUGUCUUCAUACAUUGAAACUGCUUGAAAUUAAGAAAAAAAUUGAA